AUGAACUACACCCAAGAAGACCUAGAACAACUUCACAAUGCCCUUAUAAGCCUACAAAUCAUAGUAUCAAUACCAGUACUAUCAGUGUGCCUCUAUAUCUCUUACAAGCUCUACAAGCUAGCCACUAUCAAUGCCAAUCUGAAACUGAUUGUGAUUAUCACUACCCUGUCGUAUACUGUAGCAAUUACCGAGCAUGCGCUACUAGCUUCAGUACCACAGCAAGUUUAUAGUGUAAAAGAAGGACAGUAUUUUAAUGCCUUACUGUAUUAUACAGCAGCUUUGGGUAUCAACUAUUUGUGCUUUAUAUUCAGCUUCAAGUAUCCGGUAAUUGCUAUAGAGCGUACGGUUGCAUACAGGAGAGUGAAGACUUACGAUUCUGAAGGAAAUGUUUUUGGACUCAAAUUGAUCAAGAAUCUGGUAAGAUUUUAUAAAUUUGCUAAAAAAAUUGGCUUUAGGCUUAGGCUUUAGUUGAUUUUUUGCGUAAUGCUUAAGUUUACAUUAACGUUUAGGCUUAGGCUUAGGCUUAGGCUCAGGCUUAGGAUUCGGCUUAGGCUUAGGCUUAGGCUUAAGCUUAAGCUCAGGCUGAGAUUUAGGCUUAGGCUCAAGCUUAAGCUUAAGCUUAGAUUUAGCCUUAGGCUUAGGCUUAGGCAUAAGCUUAUACUUAGGCUUAGGCUUAGCUAUAGGCUUUUGCGCAGGUUAAAGCUUGGGUUUAAGUUUAGGCUUAACUUAUGCUUAGACUUAAACAUAGGCUUAAGCCGAAGCUUAGGCUUGAACUUAGGCUUAAGCACAAACUGAUCUUUAAGCCGAGCCUUAUGCACAAGCUGAUCUUUAAUUUUAGGCUUACAUGACUUUUAAGCUUCAUCUUACUAAAUUUUUUUCUUAUUUACCGUUUUAGACUAGUUUUAAGUCUUGUUAUGCUAACACUUUGUAAUGUAUGUUAUUUUAGUCAUUUCUCUCAAUUGUACUUUUAAUUAUAAAAAUAGUACUAAUAUGGAAGACAACACACGGAGAAGAUAUUGAUGAAAGACUGCAGAAGACAUUAAAUGUUUUCCAUCAUGUUCCAGGCUUUCUUUUUGAUGUCAUAAUUGGAACUUUGGGCAUGAUUCAUUGUGUUUUUGUAAGCUUUUUAAACUAAAAUUUUUUUAGUUAGGUUAUAGUAGGGAAAGGUAUGAUAAGACACGUACAAUAAGGUGUAUGUUUCUAGUUUAAAAAUUUUCAGACUCUGAACUCGCUGAUGUCAAAAGUCAAGAACCAAUAUUGUUGUUCAUUAACUGAGUCCUAUGAAAUACGACAAACAAAAUGCACGUUACAAUGGGUAAAGAAGAUGUUAUGUGCGUUUAUUGGACUUUGCAUAAUUGUGUUUCCUUUUACUAUUGUACUGUUUUACUUGUACAUGUACCGUGGCUACGAUACUGAUAAGAUGGAGAUUCAAAUCAUUAUACAGGUACGCCUUUUUAAAAAUUUUUUUAAUUGGCAGGAAAGAGGAGGGGGGGGAGGGGGGGAGGGGGCACAUGUAAGGGUUAGAAAGAACUACAAUAGAAACCUUGGUGAAGCGAAGGUAAGGCACGGGAAGAACUAAAUCCGGCUUAAGACUGGGCAAUGGCAAAGAUAUAACAAUUGAUAAGUAGAGUUAAGUAUUGGCUAAGGCUAAGGCUAAGGCUUAGGCUUAGGCUUAGGCUUAGGCUUAGGCUUAGGCUUAGGCUUAGGCUUAGGCUUAGGCUUAGGCUUAGGCUUAGGCUUAGGCUUAGGUUUAGGCUUAGGCUUAGGCUUAAGCUUAGGCUAAAAGUUGAGCUUAGGCUUAGCUUUUGCCUUGGCCUUAAAAUGUCUUAAUCCUGGUCCUAGUUCUAAUCCUGGUUUUGGUCCUGGUCCUAGUUCUGGUCUUGGUCCUAAUCCGGGUUCAGCUCUAACUUUAGCUGUAGCUCUGGCCAUAUCUCUAUCCUUGGCUCUAGUCCUAGCUUUAGAUCUAGCUCUAGAUCUAGAUCUAAGUCUAGCUUAAGCCCAAGCCCAAGUUUUCCUAACUUUGAUUUAGCCUUAUUAAAAUAUAAAAAAUUUUAUUAUAGAUCCUCAGCAUCCUAGUAGACGGCUACACCUUUAUCACUACAAUGAUGAUGUACUGUGAAUUUCCUCACCUCAAAAAAGCCAUAAUUUACGAUUUUCCGUGUGUUUUCCCAACAGUUUCUCCAAAUCACUUAUCAAAAGAAGCCGAAACUGAAACUUAUUUUAAUAAUUUUGAAGAACUUAUGAAUGCCAAGUAUAAGAAACGGAAGGGGUAG